UUUGAUGAUGAAGCAGAAGCAGCUCCUAAUAAAAUGAGCAAUAGAAGGCCAGCAAUAACUGAAAAACUCGGCUAGCUUCACUCAACCUUCAAUGGCUCUCCAUUAGCCAACAGAAACCUGUUUUUUUUCAUGCCCCUCUUCUUCAUGAUCACUCCACUGCUCUGUUUUUAAUACCCUGAAUCCUUUCUCUCUCUCUCGCUCUUAUUAUUGUCCAGUGCCCUUCUUCUCUCCUCAUGUCAGAUCUCAAGCCUAAAUCUGAGAUUUCCUUCGCUGAAGUCUUUCUCUGCAGUGCCUUCGCUGCUUGUUUUGCCGAGUUCUGUACCAUUCCUUUAGACACUGCCAAAGUUAGGCUUCAGCUCCAACGGAAAACUUCUACUGGGGAUGGAUCAAUACCUAAAUACAGGGGUUUGCUGGGGACGGUAGCUACUAUUGCUAUGGAAGAAGGUUUAGCAGCACUUUGGAAAGGCAUCACUGCAGGAUUACAUCGUCAGUUCAUUUAUGGAGGCUUAAGGAUUGGAUUAUAUGAACCUGUCAAAACAUUUAUGGUUGGCAGUGAUUUUGUUGGAGAUAUUCCUUUAUACCAGAAGAUACUUGCAGCUUUUAUAACAGGUGCUAUAGCAAUUGCAGUUGCUAAUCCAACUGAUCUUGUUAAAGUGCGGCUGCAAGCUGAAGGAAAAUUGCCAAAUGGUCUGCCCGGGCGAUAUGCUGGAGCUUUGGAUGCUUAUUUUACCAUAAUAAGACAGGAAGGACUAGGCGCCUUAUGGACUGGACUUGGACCUAACAUAGCACGAAAUGCAAUUAUAAAUGCUGCUGAACUAGCCAGUUAUGAUCAAGUGAAACAGACAAUUUUGCAAAUUCCAGGGUUCAUGGACAAUGUUUUUACUCAUCUCCUAGCUGGUCUCGGUGCAGGGUUUUUGGCAGUAUGUAUUGGUUCUCCCAUUGAUGUGGUGAAAUCUAGAAUGAUGGGAGACUCAUUGUACAAAAGCACUCUUGAAUGUUUCAUAAAGACACUGAAGAAUGAGGGGUUUUCUGCCUUUUAUAAAGGCUUCCUCCCAAAUUUUGGUCGGCUGGGAUCUUGGAAUGUCAUUAUGUUUUUGACUCUUGAGCAGGUGAAAAGAAUAUUCACAAGGGAAGUAUAUUAUGACUAGUGAUGAGUUUAGUAAGCAAGGAGACUUGCAUCUGCGUGGUAUUUUGGCUCUUCAACUGUUGGAGUUUUUUUUCCACCGGAAAUAAGGUUCAAUGCUUAUAUUCUUUUCCACUUUGGUAACAGUGAGAAAUGUCUUCCUAUAAUAGACAAGUUUCUUUUCUUCCUAUUCAAUCUGAAAGCAUCACUUUAUCAUAUCAUAAUGUAAUCAGAAAGUGACUAUAUCCUCGCAUGUUCUUUCCAACGAUUAAAACCCUAUGUUUUUUUUUCUUUUCUUUUUUUUUUUUUCCGCUCUAUUUAAACAAGUAGCACCCAUUCUUGUAAUAUUGUGCAACACUUGCUCAAGUGGAUCGAAUUGUCCUGCAUCUGUAUAGAACUCGAUUAAUGGCUGGGUAAUUCAUUCUCUCAUUUUUCUUGA